AAAAGAAGAUUUGGUUCGGGAAGCCGUUUCAAUACCCAAGCUCCCUUUGAUAAACUACUUUGCCUUUUUGCUUUCUCUUUGCCCUCGUUCCUUUCCCUUUUCGUUCCUUUGAUUUCCGUCUUUCUUGCUUCCCUCAAAAAAUCCUCAGAAUCAUACAGAUUUUGGCGUUGAUUGGUGCCGCAGCAGCACUUCUGGUGCUUUUAUAAAAACCCUAGAACCCUGCUUCGUCUGCCAAUCCCUGUGAUUUUCGCUUCGGUCUACUUGAAUUCCUCUUCUGGGUUUAGUUUUUCUGAACGAUAUUUAUUUGCUUCGGAUUGUUUGCCAUAUUUCUUGAUUGCCCAUUACAAUUCUUGGGGUUUGCCUUAGGGUUUAUAGUAACAAUCUCAUACAAUGAAAGGGGAAAAAAUGGCAAAGAGGUCUUCGACUUUUGGAAGUAUAAUGAGGAAGAGGCUGUCUGACAUUACCAAUUCCCAGUCUCAACUGAAAGUCUCUGGCCAAGAAGAAAAGCGGUCACCACUAAAUAACUUGUCCGCUGAAGACUACAUCGAUCAACUUCUGAAGGAAAACGCGGCACUGAUGAAACUUCUCGCAGAAAGACAGAAAAUCAUAGAAUUAAGUGGAGUUGAGCUGCAGAAACUGCGAACCAAUUAUCAGAAACUGCAACUGCAGAAUUGGAACCUUGCUCAAUCAAACAGCCAGAUGUUAGCGGAACUUAAUUUAGGUAGAGAAAAGAUGAAAGCAGUGCAGCAUGAACUUAUCUGCAAGGAGGCUUUGCUGAAAGCAAAUAAUUUGGAACUAGAGGGAAAAGCAAAGAUGAAUUGUCAAAAAACUGGCAUUCAGGAAGUAGAGGACAAAGCAGGUGAAUCAUUACCUAAAGCUCAUGAUGCCAACAGACUUUGCAAGGCCAACAGAAGACGUCCGGCCAGAAGUCAAUCAAUGGGAUCUUCUACUGCAUACCAACAGGUUGAAGAAAAAGAGACAGUUGAAACUAAAAGGCAUUGUUCAAGGAGGCAAUCUUGUAGGUUCAAAUCACAGCAGAGGGAACCUAACGGGGACUUGUUUGAGAUAGAAGAUGCUAAACUUCCAGUUGGUUGGCAUGAAGGUGGACUGGCUCCAUCUAAUUCACCGAUCAAAAAAGAAGAGGGAGAUGAAAAUUGUGUUGAAAAACAUGAAGCUCGAGGAUCACAGAGAUCAUCAAUUGGAAGACCAUUGCGCAGAGCAGCUGAGAAGGUCCAAUCCUAUAAGGAGGCUCCACUUAAUACCAAAAUGAGGAGAUUUGAGUGAACAGAUUCUACUUUGUACCAGGUUAUAUCCUUUCAUAUAGUGAGGAGUAGAGCGGACCCAGUCGAGUCCUAAGUUGCUUCUACAUACUCUGGCAUUAUUGUAACUUAUGUUUGUGGAUUGUGGUGCUUUUUUAUUUUUCAUUGUUUAGUUCUUUGUUUCCUUUGCUCCGGGUUUGUCUCACUGUAACUGCAUAAUUGAUGUAUCAUAUGUGUGUUCUUCUAGCUGACGAAUGAGGAAUACUAAAGUAUUAAUGACCAUGGAGUAACUUGUUUGAUGAGUAAA